AUGACAGAGUUAUUAGCCUCUGAGGAAAGAGAAAACAAAAAAAUUAGCUGUGUAAUAUCAUCAAUACAAGAGAAAGAAAGGGAGAUAAUAGAAUGCCAUACCAAUUUAGAUAAAAUAAAACAACAUGCCUCAGAUCUCCAGACAUUCUUGGCUAUGAAACACAUCCAACAAGAUGUAACCAAAAACGUACAAUUUAUAGAAUCCAUGUUGAAAGAAGACAAUAUGAACCAUGUUACCAUUUCUUUUGAAACAGAACACACGUUUGAAACUCUACCUACCGCACUGAACAAGAUGGGCACCAUUAUAUUAGAUACCAGGUCAAGUGAUGUAACAUUAACAAGCAGAAAGAACAAAGAAGCACAGAUAAUGGUUCCAAACACACAUGUUGCUACCAUUGAUGAUAUAAAUCUCACUUUAAAACAAACCGUGAAAACAAUUGGAACAGAUAUCACUGAUUGCUCCUUACUACCUGAUGACAGAAUGAUUUUUUCCAACAACGGUGGCCAAAUAAAUAUGAUGAAAACCGACGGGUCGUUAGAUUUUACAUUACAGACAGGAUCGCUUACAUCUCAUAUACACUAUAUAGAGGACAGUCAAAAACUUGUUGUUACAUCUGGUCGGGAUAAAUCAAUCAAGUUAAUCGAUAUGAAAACUAGAAAAACUGAAAAGUCGGUUAAAGUCGGUUCAUGGAUCUAUGGAAUAGUUCACAGAGAUGGGAAAUUGUACUACAAUGGAUAUGGUCGUGGUUUAUGCGUUGUAAACUUAGAUGACGACUCUAACGCACAGCUAGUAAGCACUGCCUUGUCUAAAUAUAGCAGCAUUCCAAAUUGGUCAGAUCGUUUUUAUUAUAUAAACAUUGAUGAUUCUGUAACAUGCUGUGAUCUUCAAGGGAAACUAAAAUGGAAAUUAGAACUUUCAGCAUUUCUUAAGCGUGCAAUGGGUAUUACAGUCGACAAUGACGGGCGUGUUUACGUAUCGGGUUUUGCUUCUCACAAUGUCGUUGUCAUUUCACCAGACGGAACAAAGCAUAGAGUAUUGCUGUCAGAGAAAGAUGGUCUUAACAAGCCACAAGCUUUGUUCUUUGGUCGAAAAAAAAACAAGCUACUUAUUUCAAACCAAACAAAUGAGGCAUUUCUUUAUGAUGUUUCAAAUUAG